CACAUCGACAUCACUCGGGAUUCCUACGGAGUUUCCUCAAAUUCUCCUUCAAAAAUGACCCUGGAAAUUUCCUAGCAGAGAAAUGUAACGUGGURAAAAUCCCUCGAGAGUGAAGGCUAUUCAUAAGGCUGUCGUUUGACUAAAUAUGUCCCAGUUUAAACUUCAAAAGGUGACAAAAGUCAAAGGGCCUUCAGAACUGUCAAUAGGAGAAUCAACGACAUCCACAAAGAGAACUACUAACCGUAGCUCUUCGUCCAACACUGAACGCCCCCAGACACAGACGUCAAGACAAAAGAAAAGUACUUCCAAGACAUCUGAGGAAAAAGUCUCAGCAUCAGGCACUAGUAGUGAUAAGACAUCGACUGUUCCGUCAAGACCACCAUCAAGAACAACAAGACCUACUGCUGCUAAGAGAACACUGUCAAAGACCUGUCCAUCACAGCAAGGGAGAAAAAGUGGUUCACCAAGAACAGAUUCCAAACAAACAAGAAGUAAAACSCCAACUGCAGACUCAACAAACAAAUACCCUUCAAAYACCAAGCAAAAGAUUGCUGAAAAGCYAUCAAGYGAAGUCAAAGAGUCUAGAAAAACGUCUCGGUCUAAGAAAGAAAACAGCUACGAUGCAAGCGGAAGUGAUAGCGAUGAAAAUGUUCUUUCUGGUAAAUUAAGUCCCAAGGAUGAUAUUGGAUAUGAAACAGGGUCUUUUGAUGACAUUGAUGCUUCUAGUAGUGACACAACCAGUCCGGCAGCAACUGAUGAAAAUAAGUCAAUAUUAAGCAAACCARCUGAUGACUCUCCAGCAUAUUCGUAUGCGGACUUAGAGUUUCGACCUUUGAUUGUAACAGAAGAAGGUGGUGUUAGCGCACCGGUGAACACUUCAAAAGAGAGGCUUUCAUAUGCUUACGCUGGWAAUGAAUUUAGACCUCUAUUAAUAACAGAAAAUGGGGGAAUAGCUGGCCCAGUUGAACCUCAAUCAAAUGACAACAGAGUAAGGCCACAGCCUACCUCAUACGAAGAAGUAGAAAUACAAAACGGGAAUUUUGAUAGGUCAAAUAUAAAUCUAGCUCAACUCAUGCCAUCUCCAGGCUUUGAAACCUUUAAUUAUUCUCAAGAAAAUGACUCAAGGACAGAGCAUAAACAGACUUUGGAUGAUGGAUUGAAUGAAAAUGCUGGAGAUGUGUAUGCUACUGUAAAUAAGGACAGACAAAGAACUCCAAAAGAGCCAGAACUUCCUCCUGAAAUUCCCUUGCGUAAGGAAAUUACGAGGUCUGAUCUUUAUGAACACAUUACGGGAGAACUGAAGAGUAUGAUUGACGCUUGUGAUGAGGAAUCUAGUAGUGCUCCUCCUCCGUUACCUAAACCUUAUUCUGGACCUGGAAUCAUUGAAACUGAAASAGUCAAUAACUCUGAGAAUGUCAACACCAUUGAAGAUUUUGAUGGCUCGGCAUUGUAUGCUGCUGUACAAAAGAAACCCAAGAACAAAGUAGAGAAAAAAACAGAGGACCUACCACCACCAAUACCAUCUAGACUGAGCAACUUAGAAGACUCUUCAAGCAACAAUGAAUCACAACAGCAAGGCAUUGGUAUAUUCAAAAAAAUGCACAGGAGAAAAUUUUCUGACGGCAACUUUAUUAACAAUUCRGGGGAAAUAUUCGGUUAUCCGUCCACAAGUUUAUUUAAGAAAGGACACAAAAGAUCAAAGUCGCAGGAUGACAUCACAAAUCCUAAUAGUAAGACAAGAAGCGACUCUGGUACAUUAAUUAAACCCUAUUUAGAAGUAGGCAUUACAGAACCUCCAACGACACCUACUGACUUGCAAAGCUACAAAGGAACAGAGUACCAUGUAGACGACGAGCUACCUGAAGGAUGGAAAGAAGUUGAAAGUGAAAACGGUACAAAGUAUUAUUGGCAUAUUGCCUCRGGUACAACGCAGUGGGAGAGACCACAAGUGGAACCAAGACCUAAGAAGAAAUCAGUUGAUCAGGUCAGCCCUUUACCUGAGAAGCAGAAGGUUCUCAGUUUUCCUAUUCAUUCAAUGGGUUGGAUAGAGUUGGAAGAGAAUCAAGUAGCACCUCAUAACAUGAGUGAUACAAUAUCUGAAUGCAUUAGUACCAUGGCUAAAGCUAGGAAAGAUUUAUGGUGCACUUCAGAAACAUGGGGAGAGGGAAAAGAUAUACGUCUACUGCUUGAAGGUGAUACAUUGAAAYUAGUGGAACCCAGGAAUAAAAUAACUCUACUGGUUCAGCCAGUUUCCAAGAUGAGAGUCUGGGGAGUAGGGAAGGAUGAUCACAGGGAUUUUGCAUAUGUUGCCAGAGACCCCAACACAAGUAAACACAAAUGYCACAUGUUCCGUUGUCAUGGUAACAUUUCUGGCCGUGCCAUAACGACAGCCCUUCAUGAAAUGUGCAAUAGAAUAUUGGAAGAAAAGAAGCGAGCACAAGAAAUUAGCAAAAAGAACACACAGAAACCUUGGUCUGAUAUUAUCAAUACACCCCCACCCCCAUCGGUGAAAAGUAAUGCAGGAUUUAACGAGAAGCCUUUGAGAGAACAAAGAAAGGACUUUACCGCGACCUACUUGGGCAGUAUUGAUGUACCCAAACCCACAGGAAUGGAGAUGCUCAACAGGGCUAUCAGCAAAGUAGCUUCACGUGGAGGACCAAGAAGAACUGUGUUGAUACAAGUAACGGUAUCUUGUAUCAAACUAACUGACUGUACGUCACAAGAAGAGAUAUCAGAGGACAGAGUCCGUUUCUUGUCAUUCAUGGGCAUUGGAAAAGAUGAGAGGUUAUGUGGCUAUGUCAUGGCUAACGAGCCAGAGCGCCAGUAUCUGUGUCACGUGUUUCAGUGCACACCUAAUGCUGCAGCCCUMACCAAGGCUUUGGAGGAAGCUUGUCAGCUGCGUUACCAAAAGUGCUUGGAUGCUUACCCGGAAAUGGCAGCCAAGGCAGCAGCAGCUCAGGAAGCUGAACCUGAUAAAGCUAAAGAUAAGAGUAAUUUUAUGUCAAGUGUACAAGGAUUGUUUGCUAAAAUGGGGCCCAAGAAAAGUGGAGGGAAGAAGGAUGACUCAACAUCUKCWGCUGGUCUUCCUAAACCAACCCAUACUUUCAUGGUCAAGUAUUAUGGAGCACUUCCUGUUGCUGUGGGAACUGGAGUUGAAACUGUACAAGAAGCUGCUAAGCAUCUUACUGGGGGUACUCUACUCAUCUGUCAACUCGAUGUUGCUAUCAAUGGUAUUACCUUAUAUGAUAGCCAACGAAGUGCACUCUCAAGAAGACAUAUGGAUGCCGAUACUAUAUCAUACUGUGGUCUGACCAGUGACGGUGGUCAUUUUGGUCUCAUCCAAUGCCAAGGAGGUGGCAAGUACGUCUGUCAUGUCUUCUCCGAAUACAAGACAAGGGCGUCCCCAAUUGUAGCCGCAAUCCACGAAACCCUAUGAUGAAACUUGGAACGCAGAUAAGAUUCUCAGUUGCUGCUGUGUCUGCUGUUGCUGUUGUGAUUUGUUGUUGAUGUUGGUGAUGAUUAUAUUAAUCACGAUUAUAAUGACGAUGACAACGACGGCGAUGAUGAUGUCGGUGAUUUUACCAAUCGAUAUAAACGAAAAUGCCGCCAUUCAUUUUUUAUCAUUUUCCUAUUAUUCUUUCAUUCUCUUUCGAAWUUCUUUUCCUAUCUUUUAAAACAAAUCUCAUUUCUUUAAAGGCGGCAAUAAUUUAUAGGAUUAUAUUUAGAUUUGAGUAUAAGAAUUGUACAUAAUGUUAAUUUUUUUAUACUUUUAAGUUUUUAUGAUUUUUAGUGAUAUAGGAGUUUACAUUUGAA